AUGGAAAGGAUAAAGGAACAAAGGCUGAUGGACAAGAUGAACAUAGUCAAAGAAAUGGAAUUGGCACAGGAGAAGGAGAUUGAAGUCUCCAUUCCUCCUCAUCAAAAACUCCAACUGGAGCAAGAGCUCCCUCGUUUACCCUGUAUCCAGUCAUGGUUGACUUUAUGGCAUAUGUCUUCAUUUCCGCAUCCGUAUUAG